AUGAAUGUUCGAAGGUCUGAAGAAAGUUUUGGGGUCGUAUUUAAGGUUAAUAACCGAACAACCCAAGAACAUAGACUCCAUGUCCUAAAACAUUGUACUCAAAUUCGUCAUGAUAAGGAAUUGGUUAGCGGACCAUUAGACAAACCUCCUGCGAAGCAACCCAGUCUACUACCAUAUGUGAUAAAGACCAGACUUACCGCAUCAAACGAUGCAUAUUACAUGUCCAAAUUUGAUCAGGCAGGUGAAGCUAAAGUGGAUAAAAGUGGGAGGCUAAUAGGUGGAAGACGUUAUUUAAUUAGCACUUUCCAGUUUCCUAAUAGAGUUCCAAAUUUGUAUUUGUUAAUUGAGGAUCUUAUUAAGGUGGUGCACUUUGAAGGUGAUCAACGAGAAUUUCUGGAUAAAUAUGAUCAAUUUUAUCCUAUACAUGCAACGGACGAUGAAAAGAACUUUUUAAAGGAUAAAGGGCUCAUUAACAACACCGACAGUGAAAUAACUUACGUUACUGCACUAUCUGCAUUCAUUUGUUUUGGGGCAUCUAUAGUUGUAUUCGGUUGCAGAAUUAUCGAUGAUUAUUGGGAACAACUAUUGAAGGAACAGGGUUUCUCAAUACACUCUCGCGUAUUUCCGUUGUCAAAAUCCCAGGUAGCUAUGGUAAAUGAAUUAAAACCUGUUCCUACAACAGAGGACGCUUACGAUGAUGAUAAUGAUAAUGAUGAUGUUAACUGGUUAAAUAAAUGGGAAAGCCCAUAUCCAACUAUUCAAGAACAGCCAUCUUUGGAAAUCAGGCAUGAAUAUGCGAAAGAACAUUCCAGAGGGGAACACAUUUCCGUUAUUGUACCAGGCCAGACUAUAAAUGGUUCUCUUGAAUUAAGCCUGAACUACAAAAUCCCGAAAUAUCAUUACAAAAAUUCUUUCAUAAACGCUGUUCAGAAUAACAUACAAGAUAUUCCAAUUGGUAAACACAAAUCUAUUGAAACCAUCCCAAAUGGGCCUGUUGGUAGACCAUCUAAACGUUCAGAGGAGCCUAAGGAACAUGUAUCAGAAAGGGACCAUUCUUUGAACAUCAAUGGCUGGAAAUUUGAAUCUCUGCCUUUAGCUCCUCCAGGUUCAAAUCUUGGACGCACAUCCAGGGGUUUACCGUAUUAUGAAAAAAAGCGACUGCUCCAUAGACUAAGAAGACUUACACCGAACCAAGUUCGAGAACUAGAGCACAUACACGAUUCAGUCAACUUGAACACAGGCUUGGGAAAGAUACGACAAGUAAGAGAAGUUAAGUGGACAAAAUAUUGGCAAUAUAAAUCCGGAGCACCACUUGGUCUAACUGUAGAUCAAGUAGAUGUCUUUAAAAACAGGUAUCUAACUGCCGUUCUUAAUCAUGCUGAGACUGAAACAGUUUAUGGAGAAGAGAGGAAUGUUGAGAUUGUGCAUACAACUCGCAGAAAACCGAACGCCAAUUUCUUAAAUCAUUCUAAUAUUAGCGGUUUAAAGCCACCUUAUGUAGAGGAGCGGAAGUAUAAGUAG